UCAUUUCAUAUAUUAUAUGAAUAUUAUUAUUUUUAUUAUCAUAUGAUAUAUGAUAUGAUGAUAAUAAAUUAGUGAAUGAUGACCCUUCUUUGUCUUCUUAGCUUCUUCAUCAACUCACUUUUCAACCCUUAAAACCCAUUUCCAACACACUGAUUUUUCACCUCAUCAAUUUCUCAAUCUUGUUUAUCUCUAUUUGAUUGGAUCAUCAUCUCAUCUCAUCACAUAUUGAAUUUGAAUUUGACCAAAAAAAAUCUCAUUUUGUGAAUUUUGAUCCAUCUGGGCACCGACAGAAUUUGAUAUUUUUCUGUGCUUAGAUCACUUCAAAGUUGCAAUCUUUUCGAGAUUUUGGAUUCUGGGUCGUUUGAAUCUCGGUUAAUUAUUGGUGGGUUUGAUCUAAAAAUUCGAUUUUUCGAGUUUUUUUUAUAGUUUUUGUGGUGUUUUUGAAAUGGUCUAUUUCCAUAGCUCAAUCUCUCUUUGUAAGUCAGUUGAUCAACCUCCAAUUCCAUCCAUGGCGAAUUUGAUUGAUUUCGGUUCGAAAUUCGGAUCGAAAUCGAGGCAAAGUAGUAACUUUCAAAGGAAUCGGAGGAGUUAUAAUAGUUCAUCAUCGAAUUCUCUUCAGAUUCCGCCUUGUGAUCGAUCUAGAUCAGCUAUAGUUGAUGUUGUUAUCUUCAUUGCUGUUGUUUGUGCUUGUGGCUAUUUGUUCUUUCCUUACAUAGAAUUUGUAGUGGUUAAUUCAAUUCAGAUUACAAGCAUGGUGUUGUUUUUGAUUAAGGAAGAGUUUUCGAUCGCGCCUUCGAUUUAUAUAUCGAUAGGAUUGAGUGUUGCCUGUGCUGUGUUUGCUACUUGGGGUGUUGUUGUUUGCACGACAAACAAAUGCGGUAAUCGAAAUUGUAAGGGUUUGAAGAAAGCUGCAGAGUUUGAUAUUCAAUUAGAGACUGAGGAUUGUGUGAAGAAUUCGCCCUCUAUUGUGAAAGAUGGUGGUGUUUGUAAGAAGGGUUUAUUCGAAUUGCCUCGCGAUCAUCAUAAGGAGCUUGAGGCGGAACUUAAGAAGAUGGCGCCGAUUAAUGGAAGAGCUGUGCUUGUGCUGAGAGCUAGGUGUGGUUGUUCUGUUGGUAGGUUAGAAGUUCCGGGACCGAAGAAACUUCGAAAGAUCAAGAAGUAGGCAACAACAUCGCAGCAACAGAUCGAUAUCCUUUUGAUUUAUAGGGAGGGAGAAGGAUUGACGAAAUGGAUAGUUGGAUUUGAUAUAGAAUUUGUAAUCUGUCUGGAUCUGAUUUUCUCAUUCUUUGAGGAAUCUGGAUGUUUUUAAAUAAGCCUUUUGGUAAUAAGUUGUAAGGAACUAUGUUUCAUAGAAAAUUUAGUUGGUUAUACUUGAGAAUAUACAUAAAAACAAUAAUUUGAAUUUA